AUGGGUGUCUAUCACAUUGUUCUGUUCCGGUUGAAGCCCGUGUACGAUAAAACACUGUUCAACUACUGGAAGGAACAGGUUCAUGGCCUCGUCGGUAUUGUUCCCGGCCUCAGAUACGUCGAUGUUGGUGCACCGCUACCGGCCACAGCUGAGAAGGCAAAAGGCUUCGAUGUGUCGUUGGUGGCGGUCCUCGACAAGGAGGAAGACGCCUUGGUCUACGCAGAACACCCUGCGCACGAGAAGUGA